CGAACCGAAUAAAUACCCGGUCAGCGGUUGAAUCGGUUCAACCCUAUCGAUCCUAUCGAUCGUCAUUAAGGCGGCCGAGGGCAGCCGCGAACUCUACUCUCUCCCUGACUCAAUUCUCUCAAAUGCAGAAAAUUCCUACUUCGCUCUUCCUCACACGGUGAUUUUGGGUAUUUGUUUGAGAUAUGACCAGAGAACAUCCGCCUGAGACUCUUGAUUUCUUCAUUUGGACUGUUGAGUGUUCGGUCAAUUUUGACUUUAUUGGGAUACCUAAGAUUGCAAUCAGUUUUGCAUCUCUUCUCAGUUUUGAUCCCCGAUCCCAUGGAAUGUGUGAUGUUGGUUUAUGGUUGGAAGAAAUAAAUCUUGGUAGCUACCGUCAAAUUUUCAAAGAAAAUGGCGUCAAUGGAGAAUAUUUGGAGGGCAUGUCCAUGUUUACUACUGAACAGAUUCUACGAUUUAUAAGGCGGUGCCACAUGAAAUGGGGUGACUUCAUCACGCUAUGUAAGGAGCUCAGGCGAAUAAAAGUGGCAUGCCUAAAAGGGGAGCAAAAAGUUCGGCAGCCAUGGUGGGCUCCAUCUUGCUUAUCAGUUGUCUUUGUCAAGUAUGGGAAGCGAAAUAGACAGUCGCGAGUAGUUUCGCUGAAACUGGAACCAUGAUACUGGUCUGCUUAUGUGUAUGUAUUUGUAGUUAACUUUUUGUUUAGGGGUAAAUAAUUUAGGAAAGAACCAAACUCUUAUAAAUAUGGCAACGUAUUGGUGUUACUUCUCCUUGAGGAAUUAUAUUUGAUAUAGAAGCCCUUUGAUUUAUUUAU